AAAAACCUAAACUUUUUUUUUUUAAAUUAAUGUAUUUAUUUUUGUGUCGUUAAAGCCAGUGCCUUAUAUUUAUUUUACUCAGUGGUUUACACUAUGUUACACUGUUCAAAAAUUGUUGCAACAAACUGCACAUUUAAUUAAAGGUUUACUGAACUAUGAUCUUAAUUGUCUUUAUUUUUAGUUAGUAUAUACCUGAAAUCUCAUGAUGGUUAUAUACAAUAUUAGCAGGUGCAUUCUCGUGCGAUAAGCAGUAUGUUCUAUAUUCAGUUAACGUAUGAUCCGAUUAGUCGAUUAAUCGAAAAAAUAAUCGAUGACUAAUCGAUUAUUAAAAUAAUCGUUUGUGGCAGCCCUAAUUCCAAGCUGAAUUGUGUUUGUGUCACAAAGAGUGAGAGAAAAGCCCUCUGCUGUCUGUCAUUUAGAAGAAACUUUUCUGUUGUCGUCUGUGUGUCUGCUGCUUGAGCACCACUCWGAGCUGAGAGACCACCUGUACCUGUCCACCACUCUGCUCCACGUCACAGCUCAGCAUCAACACUCUGACUGUAUUCACAGGAGACACCUGGACCUGGACCAGAACCCAGCUGUGUGUCCUUUAGGAGGGAGCGCUCAGAGGCUCAGCAGUAAACAUGGAGCAGCAGAGCUCCCAGGUUCCCAGCUCCCAGUCCUCCCAGCAGCAGCAUCACACCCAGCUGGACUCCGUGUUUCUGCUGCUGGAGGASAYCAUMGUCUCUUUUGUGAAGAAGGAGCUGAAGAAGAUCCAGAAGCUUCUUAGUUCAAAUCCUUCUCUAAGCUUCGAGAGUCAAAUGGCAGAUGAAGAGGCUUUAGAUGGUGAUGAAGAUGAGAAGAGGAGCAGCAGAGAAGCCUUUCUGAUGAUCACGCUACAUUUCCUGAGGAAGAUGAAGCAGGAGGAGCUGGCUGAGCGUCUGCAGAGCAUGGUUCCUGCAGAUGUUCAGACACUGGUGUUGAUCAAAGRAGAAGCUCCUGAAGAACAGAGGCCUUAUGAGGACCAGCAGGACCAAGAACCCCUCCACAUAAAAGAGGAAGAAGAAGAGGAGGAACUGUGGAGCAGUCUGGGGGAAGAGCAGCUCAAUGUGAAGGAGGAGACUGAUGACACCAGCUUUUCAUUUACUGCAGUUCCUUUUAAGUCUGAGGAUGAUGAAGAUAAACCUAUGUUCUUACACGUUCAUCAAGUUGAAUUUAGAGAUCUUCCAACCAGCAGUUCAGCUGAAUACCUACAAUCAGCAACUGGUGGAGAGUCCUGGGGAGGAGCAGAAACUACAAGAAACCCAGAUCUGACUGUUCAUGAAGAGGAUUCUGACUCUUCAGAAACUGAAGUCA